CAGGACGACCACUGCCAGAUAGCACGGGUCGAUAAAGAUUGAAUCUCAAAUCGGGAAAAAGUAAACAAGACGUGAAAAACAAAAUUAAAGAAAACACAAGCAUCACUUCUUUCAAAACAAGCACCUUCAACCACUUUCAACGCAGAGAAAAUAAGAUUCUGACCCAACCAUCGAGAUGUCAGCUAAUGAUUGGAAUGAAUACAUACAGACCCCAGAAGGAGGGUACGCCAAAACAAAAUCAACAACCACACCUUCAAGAUUAAGAACGAUGGCAUUUGAGAACGCCCAAAAUCAUCAUAUCUCAAAUGAUAGGAAAAGAGGACCUUCAACACCAUUGACUCCAACACUUAUUCAGAAAAAUAUUGUUAAGAAACAGUUUUCGUCACAUGAAAGAAGAGAGUCACUAAUAGAGAAAGGUAAUGGUCACCAUACAAAAUCAAUACAUUAUACUUAUGAUGAAGAGAACAAUGAUUUUAAAGAAAAUGAAUCACUAGAAAAUGAACUUCAGAAUCAAGAAAAUCAAGAAGGAUAUAUUUUCAGUGGCUCAAAUAAAGGCUCUCCUGUGUCCAAAAAACCAGCACCUCUUGGAAUAAGAUUGUCAGGAAAUUUGAAUACAGAUUAUGAAAAUCUGACACCAAAAAUUAGAAAUGGUAUAAAACUUGCGGUUAAAGAAAGCAAAAAGAACAGAAUACAAAUGAUGAAAGACCUAUAUACUAAUGACAAUAGUGCGAGUGACAGUGAAUACAGUGAGGUAUCCACUAUUGCAGGUGAUACACCGAACUUCAAGAUUCAACACCAAAAUUUAAUCUAUUUCAAAAAUGGCUAUUAUUUAAACAAUGAUGAUUCUAUGUACGAAUCUGAAAAAGAAAAUCUAAUCAACAAGAAAGAACUAAACAGAGUCAAUGACCUUCUUGAAUUUAUGAAACUUGAGAAACAAUUUGAAGCAGAAUAA